AUGGUUUUGAUUGACAAGCAAGAGUACCUCACCCAAGAGGAACAGCGUCUCAAGGAGGACCGUCAACGGACCAGAUACUGGAAGAAAUGGGGUCCUUAUGUCGCAGAGAGACAAUGGGCCACAGAUUUCUCCCACGAUCACUCCCGGUCAAGAACAUAUCGGUGGGGCGAGGAUGGAAUUGCUGGUGUCUCGGAUACCCAUGGCUUAGAAAAUAUCGCUUUUGCCUUUUGGAAUGAGAAGGACGACUUCUUGAAGGAGCGCCUGUUUGGAUUGUCGAAUCCUCAGGGAAAUCAUGGUGAGAGCAUCAAGGAAGCUCACUUUCACCUGGAUAAUACCCCGACCCACUCGUACAUGAAAUACCUUUACAAGUACCCUCAGAAGAAAUUCCCCUACCAGGAUUUGAUUGAUGAAAAUGCGCGGCGUUCAAGGCAGGACCGUGAAUACCAACUCCUCGACGCCGGCGCAUUUGACGAUAAUCGCUACUGGGAUAUCUUUAUUGAGACUGCCAAAGAGGGAGAAGAUGAGGAGGAACUCAUGUUCCGUGUCAUUGCUUACAACAGAGGCCCGGAACCCGCUCCGUUGCACAUAGUCCCUCAUGUGUGGUUCCGAAACACCUGGUCCUGGGGGUAUGAGAAUGAGAAGGAGAAACCCUCAAUUGAGAAAGUGUCGCAGCUUACAGCCAAAACUUCUCAUAAGAAGCUGGGAGAGCGAUACGUACGAUUCUCGCCUUCUCCAGCUGUCGGCGAUAGUCAGGAGGAUGUCAUGCCUCGUAUGCUGUUUACUGAGAACGAGACGAACAACGAGCUCCUGUGGGGCACUAAGAACGACCAGCCCUACGUUAAGGAUGCCUUCCAUCGCCAUAUCGUCAACGAGGAGAAGGAUGCCGUUAACCCCGCCAACAAGGGAACAAAGUUCGCCGCUUGGUAUGCCUUUGACGAGGGAGACGGCAUCCCUCCAGGCGAGUGCGCAGUCGUCCGCUUCAGGUUCUCCCGCAAGAACGAGCAAUUCAUCGACGAAGAAGUGCUGGAUGAUACAAUCGAGCAGCGAAGGGCAGAAGCUGACGACUUCUACUAUCGAAUCAGCCCUCUUCCAAUGAGUGACGAUCUGCGUAAUAUCCAAAGACAGGCAUUUGCGGGAAUGAUGUGGACGAAACAAUUUUACCACUUCGUUUGGGACCAAUGGGCGAACGGAGACCCUGGAAUGAUACCACCGCCCCCGGGAAGGAAGCAUGUGCGCAAUCAGCAAUGGAAGCAUCUAUACAUUGAUGACAUCUUGUCUAUGCCGGACUCUUGGGAAUAUCCUUUUUUCGCUGCUUGGGAUACAGCUUUCCACUGCAUUCCACUGGCCAUGAUCGAUCCGGACUUUGCGAAGAAGCAGCUGGACCUCCUUACUCGUGAAUGGUACAUGCACCCGAAUGGCCAGCUCGCGGCUUAUGAAUGGAACUUUGGAGAUGUUAACCCUCCUGUGCAUGCAUGGGCUGUCUUCAGAACGUUCAAGAUUGAACGAAAAAUGUACGGCCGGCAGGACCUUGACUUCCUGGAGCGCGUUUUCCAGAAGCUGUUGCUGAACUUUACCUGGUGGGUCAACCGCAAGGACUCAGAAGGCAAAAAUGUUUUCGAGGGCGGUUUCCUGGGCCUGGAUAACAUUGGACUGUUCAACCGUUCUGAGCCUCUUCCAACUGGAGGUGUCUUGGAACAGGCGGACAGUACCGGCUGGAUGGCCUUCUAUUGUCUAUGCAUGCUCAAUAUAGCUCUUGAACUGGCUAAGCAUCGCCGAACCUACGAAGACAUUGCGUCCAAAUUUUUCGAGCACUUCCUUCUCAUUAGUGAUGCUAUGACUUUCAAGUCAGGUGGCAAGGAAUCCUCUCUGUGGAACGAAGACGACGGUUUUUACUACGACGCGAUUUCUUACGGCGAGCCAUGGACACAACAGCUUCCUGUGAGGUCGCUGGUGGGCUUGAUUCCUCUGUAUGCGGUUCUCACGCUCGAACCUGAGCUGAUUAACAAGUUCCCUUCAUUCAAGAGGAGAAUGGACUGGUUCAUUGAAAACAGGCAGGAUGUUGCAGAAAGAAACAUUGCCAGCAUGAAACGGCGCGGGAAGGACGACCGACUCCUUCUGUCACUGGUAAGUAAGGAUCGUCUGGAGAAGAUUCUCAAGAGGAUGCUGGACGAAACCGAGUUCUUGUCGGAGCACGGUAUCCGGUCUAUGUCCAAGUACCAUGAGAAGCACCCGUAUUCCAUGGACGUCAAUGGCCAGACAUUCAGAGUCGGCUAUGUCCCAGGCGAUUCCGACAGUGGAUUGUUCGGAGGAAACAGCAACUGGCGCGGACCCGUCUGGCUGUGUGUCAACUUCUUGCUUGUUGAAUCCCUUCUCCGGUUCUACAUGUUUUAUGGGGAUUCUUUCCAGGUGGAAUGUCCCACAGGCUCUGGAGACUACAUGCAUUUGGGCCACGUUGCCGAGGAGAUUCAGCAUCGUCUGCAGCACCUCUUCGCUCGCAAUGACCAAGGUCGCCGAGCUGUCAACGAUGGCUCAGAUCUCCUCGAUUACGAUGAGCACUGGAAGGACUACAUGUGGUUCCACGAGUUCUUCGAUGGUGACACCGGACGCGGACUGGGGGCGUCCCACCAAUGCGGAUGGACAGGUCUCAUCGCCAAGGUCAUCCACGAUACCGGAGUCAACUGCCGCCUCCCACACACCCCCCGCUCCCCCUUCGCGGCCGCAUCGCACUACUUCGACGACAUCUUCACCCGCUCAGGCCGGCCCCGUUCCAGCCGCAAGCCCAGCUUCCGGCGCUCCUCGACCACCCGCUCCAUCGGCAACCGCAGCGACUUCGAAUCAGCCUUCACCGGCGCCGAGACCCCCGCCGCCGAGAUCCUGUCCGAAGACGAGCAUGACCGCGGAGUCCCCCGCAACGGAUUGGACGAGCACGUCUCCAAUUACGUUGCGAGCCAGCUGCAGCGCGUGAGAAGUUCUGCAUCCAUCGCGGCUUACGACGACGAGUUCGAGGCGCAGGCUGACCGCACUCCGAACGGUCACUAG